ACGGUGGAGGGGAAAUGAAUACGGGAAGUAACUGCUGUACGGACAUCACAAUAGGGACAUUUCCUCAUAUUUGUAUAUUUAGAGGUUUAGAUAAUAAUAAUAAUAAUAAUAAUAAUGCCACUUUUGACUCAGAAUAAACGAGUGGACCGUGUAGUAUCAACAACUGAACUGUUUUCGAAAUAUUCUCAUUUUAAGGAAAAUGCCAAACUGUUUCGCUCCAGAGCCCCUGUGACAGUGGAUCAGAAGUGCCUGCUUUAUGUCCAGCAGCGGGAGUUUGCAGCAACAACACCAGCAGACAGCUCCGUUUCAGUUAUUGGCUCUGACGAUGCAACGACAUGCCACUUAGUAGUUCUGCGCCAUACAGGAAGUGGAGCGACUUGUCUGGCUCACCUGGACGGCUCGAGCACGAGGACUGAAGUUCCUCUCUUAGUUAAUGCAGUCACUGCAUUAAGCAACCCAUCUAAAGCAGGCAGGUUAGAGCUUCAUCUAGUUGGCGGGUUUGAUGAUGACAAGAAGACAUCACAUAACCUUAGCCGUGAAAUUUUGGGAGACCCACCUCCUCUUUCAGAACGAAGGAUUGUACUGCUGGGAAAAGCUGGAGCAGAAAAGGACAGAGUGGUCAGAGUCAUCCUGGAAGACACAAAGCUCAAUGAAGAGUGUGAAGAGUGCUUUGUAUAUGAAGGUGAACAGGCAGGAAGGAGGAUCCGCAUAGUGGACACACCAGGAUGGGACAGUACAAGUAUAGACAAAACUACAAAGAAAGUUAAGGAUGAAAUCACCCGAAGUGUGACACUUUGUCCUCCAGGUCCCCAUGCUCUAAUUCUGGUGUUGCCCAUAAACACUGAUGAUCUACUAUCUGUAAAUGAGCUUAAAUCAGCAUGUCAACAUAUGGAGCUUCUCUCUGAGAGAGUCUGGAAUUACACUAUGGUGCUUUUCUUAUGUGAUGGAGACGUGGAGGAAUCCAGAGUCAAAGAACACUUUCAGAGUGCAGAAAAGCUCCUGGAAAAGUGCAGAGGCCGACACUAUGUAGUGCGACAGAGGUCUUUUGAAACAGAACUUCAUGAAUUCCUUAAAGAGAUAGACAGCAUGGUGGACGAAAACAUAAGAGACAGCAAGGUGAAAGAAUCAGGUGGUCUCUUCCUUCCACAGGUUCACUAUGAGAUGAUGCCACACAAGGAAGAUCCACAGAAAAACACAGAUAAAAGUCAGGGUGAGAAGUCAGAGGGAAAAGACAUGCUUAGGCAGAGACGUGGAAGCCUCCAAGGGACACAUCCUAAUAUGACCAAACAAGAUUCAGAGAGUCACAGAGAUGGAACUGAGGCCCCAAAGAGCAAGAAUCAGGACCAGCUGCAUUACAACUCUGCCUUCGUGGGUGCUCUUAUAGGCUCAGCUGUAACUAUUAAAAAAAACAUACAUGGCAGCUGGAUAAACUUCAACAGCUUUGAUACAGGUGAAGUCUUACCAAUGGCUCCAGGAGACCCACCUCCUCUUUCAGAACGAAGGAUUGUACUGCUGGGAAAAGCUGGAGCAGGAAAGCACAGAGUGGUCAGAGUCAUCCUGGGAGACACAAAGCCUAAUGAGGAGUGUGAAGAGUGCUUUGUAUAUGAAGGUGAAAAGACAGGAAGGAGAAUCCGCUUAGUGGACACACCAGGAUGGGACAGUACAAGUAUAGACAAAACUACAAAGAAAGUUAAGGAUGAAAUCACCCGAAGUGUGACACUUUGUGCUCCAGGUCCUCAUGCUCUAAUUCUGGUGUUGCCCAUAAACACUGAUGAUGUACCAUCUGUAAAUGAGCUUAAAUCAGCAAGUCGGCAUAUGGAGCUUCUCUCUGAGAGAGUCUGGAAUUACACUAUGGUGCUUUUCUUAUGUGAUGGAGAUGUGGAGGAAUCCAGAGUCAAAGAUCACAUUCAGAAUGCAGAAAAACUCCUGGAAAAGUGCAGAGGCAGACACUAUGUCAUGCAACAGAAGAAUUUGGAAACUGGAGUCAAUGAAUUCCUUGAAAAAAUAGACAGCAUGGACUUGUCACUGGAUUACCCUGACACAAGAGAAAGCAAAACCACACACUUGGAAAAUCCACAGAAAAACAUAGAUAUAAGUCAGGGUGAGGACAAGUCAGAGGGGACAGAUGGGCUUAGACAGAGACGUGGAAGCAACCAAGCGAUACAUCCUAGUAUGACCAAACAGACAGAAGAUUCAGACAGUCACAAAGAUGGAACCGAGGCCCCAAAGAGCAAGAAUCUGGACCAGCUGCCUCCAUUGUAUUACAUAAAACCAGUUGUAAUGAUCCUGAUGGCCUUCAUGGGUGCUGUUCUAGGCUCAGUAGCCGGAGGCACAUUUGGAACAUUCUGGGCAGUUGUGGGGAGUGUCAUUGGAUUUGUUGUAUUAAUGCUCCUCAGUUUGUGGUUUUUUUACAUUAGUGACAUAACGAUAUUAUGAAAACCUUUUUUUUUUUUCUUUUCUUUUCUUUCUUUUCUUUUUUUUGUAGGAUUUUUAACAACAGGAUGGUGGGGAGGUUAUAGCUACAGUACUUUUAUAAUAAAUAAAUACAUACAUAAAUACAGUGGUGGCCAAAUGUAUUAAAACUCAAAUGAAAUGUAUUGUUUUAAUUUAUUCAUUCAUUUGCUAUACCGCUUAUGCUGUACAGGGUCACGGGAGGCCUAAAGCCUAUCCCACUUCAGUCACGUGGCGGGGUACACACUGCACAGGUGCCAAUCUAUUUCAGGGCACACACAUUCACACCCACUCUCACAUACUCAUUCACACACUACAGGCAGUUUGGAAACGGCAACUAUCCUAAUCUGGGUCUUUUUUGUUACUCAUAAAUAUUUUGUACAUAUUUCCAUAUAAUUAAUUAUGUUAAAUUUAUAUCAAUUUAUGUAAUUAAACAUCUUUUUUCUUUUUCAAGGCUGCUUGUUUUACUUGUUUAGGUUUGAUAUUGGAGCUGAGUAAAACAAAAGCAAAAAAGCAAAAAAUAUUUUAUUAUAUUUGGAUAGAUGUCAUUAACUGCACUGUCCUAUAGCUUCCAUAUAUAUAUACUCCUACAGACUAUUACAGGUAAAAGUAAACAUCAUACAGUUAUUCUGUACAAUAUAUUACAAUGGUUAGGAAUGGUAUAUACUGUAUAUACUAAAUGUAUGUUGCAUGAAUGUUCAUGUUGUCAUUUAAAUUACAGCUGGCAGUACUGUCAGAGUUGUGCUGUUACUGAAAAUUAAUCAACACCUUCUGG